AGCGAAAUUGCUCGGGCUGGUGCGUCUGGGCGUGAGUGUGCCCGCCUGCCAGUGCCGGCUGCCGGAGGUAAAAAGGGCUGCUAAAGGAGAGAUGCUGCACCCUGCACGGCGCUGGGCUCUGAGGCUUCAGGGCGCGAAGAGCUAAGUCCACCCGGAAUGCAGCGCUGCUGGGGAUCCAGGCGUCCCCACCCACUGGGCUCUGCUCCGCGGUCAUCCCACCUCCUGGUUGGGACACUUGGAAGUCUACCGUUGUACAACAUGCUGCCGUUAAGACUCUCACCUACCUUUUCGAUGGGAUGUCAUCUGUUAGCCAUUGUGGCUCUCUUAUUUUCCCACGUGGACCUUGUAAGUGCUGAGACAGAAAUGGAAGGAGAAGGCAAUGAAACCGGCGAGUGUACUGGCUCGUAUUACUGUAAGAAAGGGGUGAUUUUACCCAUUUGGGAGCCCCAAGACCCUUCCUUUGGAGACAAAAUUGCUAGAGCUACUGUGUAUUUUGUGGCCAUGGUCUACAUGUUUCUUGGAGUCUCUAUCAUUGCCGACCGGUUCAUGUCCUCUAUAGAAGUCAUCACAUCUCAAGAAAAAGAAAUAACCAUAAAGAAACCCAAUGGAGAGACCACCAAGACCACUGUGAGGAUCUGGAAUGAGACCGUUUCCAACCUGACCUUGAUGGCCCUGGGUUCUUCUGCUCCAGAGAUUCUCCUUUCAGUAAUUGAAGUGUGUGGCCAUAACUUCACUGCAGGAGACUUGGGUCCUAGCACCAUCGUGGGAAGUGCUGCGUUCAAUAUGUUCAUCAUUAUCGCGCUUUGUGUUUAUGUGGUCCCAGAUGGAGAGACAAGGAAGAUUAAGCAUUUGCGUGUGUUCUUUGUGACAGCAGCCUGGAGCAUCUUUGCCUAUACCUGGCUUUACAUUAUUUUGUCUGUCAUCUCUCCUGGGGUUGUGGAGGUCUGGGAAGGUUUGCUUACCUUCUUCUUCUUUCCCAUCUGUGUCGUGUUCGCCUGGGUAGCAGAUAGGAGGCUUCUGUUUUACAAGUAUGUCUACAAGAGGUAUCGGGCUGGCAAGCAGAGGGGAAUGAUUAUCGAGCAUGAAGGAGAUAGACCAUCUUCCAAGACCGAAAUUGAAAUGGAUGGGAAAGUGAUCAAUUCCCAUGUUGACAAUUUCUUAGAUGGCGCUCUGGUUCUGGAGGUCGAUGAGAGGGACCAAGAUGAUGAAGAGGCUAGGCGAGAAAUGGCUCGGAUUCUGAAGGAGCUCAAGCAAAAACAUCCAGAGAAAGAAAUCGAGCAAUUAAUAGAACUAGCUAACUACCAAGUCCUAAGUCAGCAGCAAAAAAGUCGAGCAUUUUACCGCAUCCAAGCUACUCGCCUGAUGACUGGAGCUGGCAACAUUUUAAAGAGGCAUGCAGCCGACCAGGCGAGGAAGGCUGUCAGCAUGCAUGAGGUCAACACUGAAGUGGCUGAAAAUGACCCUGUGAGUAAGAUCUUCUUUGAACAAGGGACCUAUCAGUGUCUGGAGAACUGUGGUACCGUCGCCCUGACCAUUAUCCGCAGAGGUGGUGAUUUGACUAACACUGUGUUUGUUGACUUCAGAACAGAGGAUGGCACGGCCAAUGCUGGGUCUGAUUAUGAAUUUACCGAAGGAACUGUGGUCUUCAAGCCUGGUGAGACCCAGAAGGAAAUCAGAGUUGGCAUCAUCGAUGACGAUAUCUUUGAGGAGGAUGAAAAUUUCCUAGUGCAUUUGAGCAAUGUUAAAGUAUCUUCGGAAGCCUCAGAAGAUGGCAUCCUGGAAGCCAAUCAUGUUUCUACACUCGCUUGCCUCGGAUCUCCUUCCACCGCCACUGUGACCAUUUUUGAUGACGACCAUGCAGGCAUCUUUACCUUUGAGGAGCCCGUGACUCACGUGAGUGAGAGCAUUGGCAUUAUGGAGGUGAAGGUACUGAGAACAUCUGGAGCUCGAGGAAAUGUUAUCGUUCCCUAUAAAACCAUCGAAGGGACUGCCAGAGGUGGAGGGGAGGACUUCGAGGACACUUGUGGAGAGCUCGAAUUCCAGAACGAUGAAAUUGUGAAGAUCAUUACCAUUAGAAUAUUUGACCGUGAGGAAUAUGAGAAAGAGUGCAGUUUCUCCCUUGUGCUUGAGGAGCCAAAAUGGAUAAGAAGAGGAAUGAAAGCCCUGUUAUUGAAUGAGCUUGGUGGCUUCACAAUAACAGAGGAAUGUGAUGACAGGCAACCACUGACCAGCAAAGAGGAAGAGGAGAGGCGCAUUGCAGAAAUGGGGCGCCCCAUUCUGGGAGAACACACCAAGCUGGAAGUGAUCAUUGAAGAAUCCUAUGAAUUCAAGAGUACCGUGGACAAACUUAUUAAGAAGACAAACUUAGCCCUUGUGGUUGGGACAAACAGCUGGAGGGAGCAGUUUAUUGAAGCAAUCACUGUCAGUGCUGGGGAAGAUGAUGACGACGACGAAUGUGGAGAGGAGAAGCUGCCCUCCUGCUUCGAUUAUGUGAUGCAUUUUCUGACCGUGUUCUGGAAGGUUCUCUUCGCCUUCGUCCCCCCUACAGAGUACUGGAACGGCUGGGCCUGUUUCAUCGUCUCCAUCCUCAUGAUCGGCAUCCUGACGGCUUUCAUCGGAGACCUGGCUUCCCACUUCGGAUGCACCAUUGGCCUGAAAGAUUCUGUGACCGCAGUGGUGUUCGUCGCCCUCGGCACCUCGGUACCAGACACAUUUGCAAGCAAAGUGGCAGCCACCCAGGACCAGUAUGCAGAUGCGUCCAUAGGUAACGUCACCGGCAGCAACGCGGUGAACGUCUUCCUGGGGAUCGGCGUGGCCUGGUCCAUCGCUGCCAUCUACCAUGCAGCCAAUGGGGAACAGUUCAAAGUGUCCCCUGGCACGCUAGCUUUCUCUGUCACUCUCUUCACCAUUUUUGCUUUCAUCAAUGUGGGGGUGCUGCUGUAUCGGCGGAGGCCGGAAAUUGGAGGUGAGCUGGGUGGGCCCCGGACUGCCAAGCUCCUCACAUCCUGCCUCUUCGUGCUCCUAUGGCUCUUGUACAUUUUCUUCUCCUCCCUGGAGGCCUACUGCCACAUAAAAGGCUUCUAAAGGAACAAUCAGAUAUAGUAAAUUUAUAUAUAUAUAUACGUAUAUAUAUACAUAAAAUAUUAUGUAUAAUGAACAGAGGAAACUGACAUUUGUCCUGUUCCCUUACCUGCUGAUGGAAUCCAGCUUCAAGAGCAUACUCUGUGCUAGGGCCGAAGUGAGAAACCAUCACCUCCCAUUCCCAGGGGCAUCGUCACAUUGAACAAAGGCGUGGAGGCAGGGGCAUCUGUGCAGCUCAGCCCAGAAGGACUGUGUUCUCUCCAGGUUCAUAAAUCGUUAAGUCUUUGAUUUUGUUUUCUGUUUCUGCUUGGUUUUGGUGGGGGCUGGGAGGUGGCUGAUGUUUGACUUUUGUGUUCUGUCGUUUUGUUGGGAGGGUCAAAGCUUUUGUUUCUCUGGUGGGAGGUGAUGACCAAUCUAAAUGCAAAUGGGUUUUUGGUGAAAAUUUAAAUCAUUACAAUUACGCUCUCCAAACACUUUGAAAAAUUAUUUUGGAUUAAGAAAGGAUAUGGACAUGGAAAAGCAGCAUGUCUUCACUAGGUCACUAAAUUUCAUGCUUAUCUCUGGAACAUGAGCAGAGGUAAAGCUGCCUCUGAGAAGCAGCAUGGGAGCUCGAAUGCAGCCAGGAAGAGUGAUGGUUCUAGAUACAGUCGGAUAUUUAAAGAUAGGAUGCCUGGCACUCUUGUUCAACAGGUACAGGAAUAAUGUGCCUCGAUUCCCAAGAACAUGCAAAAUCAUUUAUUUCUUAUCUCUUUAGCUCUGGACUGUGAUUAGCAAGGCCCUCAUUCUGGUUUUCCAGCCUGGCUAGCCACCCCCUGCCCAGGCCCCCAUCCCAAACCUCCUCCUCCUGCCCACCACCUCUCAUGCAAAUAGGAAUAACCCCACUCAAAAAGCAUAUCAUCCUUUUCCAUUUGCAUCACUGUGUCCCAGUCCCAUGUUUGCUGUUGCCUGGGAUCGUUCGUCAGUUUCAUUUUCAAAAGCAUCCAUGGCUUGCACAGUCCUGUUCCAGUCAUGACUGAACAUUGGCUCCUUCUUCAUGUGCCUGUUUGGGAAUGUUGUUGUGAUACCUGUUACACAGUGCAUGGAUGAAAAACAAAAUAAGUGUAUCUGUAUAUAGUAGAGUGUAGCGUGUACUGUUCUCCCAUCCAGCAAUGUUGACUGGACAUUGACGACAUAAGUGAGUUUCCUUUUCACCUGAGUUGUAACUUUCGUGUUGUUGUUGAGUUUGAUUUUACUAAGGACAAAAGGAGAAAAUGGCUUAUUGUUCAUGGACCUGCACAUUCACUUCUAAGAAGCAAUAACAGUUCACUGGGAAGUUAAAGCUAUUGAGAGGACAGCAGGCAAACUACCAAGUAUCUGCAUGGAAAAUUAGCCAUGUGGAAUACACCAGAGGCCUCUAAACAGUCACCUGUUGAUUCUGGAAGGCCAAGGAGAGAGGUAUAGAGCAGUGGCUGGAUUCGAAGUGCCCGGGCUUUGAGAGCCUCCGUUUCCAUGACACCCCUGCCCCUAAAGUAUUUAUUUCACUUCUGCUCUGUCUGGCACAGAUGGUAGAUAGUGGUUUGUUCAUUUUAUUUUUUUAUGUAAAAGGCUAUUUUGAGCCCUGUUUCUUUCAUCGCCCAGACUCCUCUGAUUGUAUCGGCAGUUCCUGAGUAGGAAAGGAGCCAGGGAGACCAAUGGGUCUUUACAAGUGCAUCUUCUGCACUUAUGACUAAGGAGUAAGCAAUUAAAUGAGAUUAGUGCCUCCCAGGAGGAUUGCGCUGGGAGGUUUUUCACCCUGGAAAAGGAAUGGCUCUUUCUAUUUCAAAAUACCAAAGAGCAAGGAUAAACCCAACAUUCCAAAGUAGUGAAUCCAGUAAUGAGGAAAAAUGGAAUGACGUUGGUCCCGCCUCAGAGACUUCUCUAUCUAUAAAGAAUCCCAGGCCAGAGACACUGCUGGCCCUUUGUAUUGAUUCAAAGAUACUUAAGAGAUAAAAGCUGUUCAGAGUUAUUUCCUCUUUUUCUACUCAGUAAUCAUGAUCAUUCAUCAUUUAAUAAACAUUUGGUGACUGAAUGAAUAAUUAAAUGCUGGUUACUACUCAAUAUGCCAGGUACUGUGCUACUCUUGGGGCCUAAACCAUGAACAAGAUAGCCCAGAUCCCUGCCCUCAGGGGGCUCACAGCUAAUGUGAUUGUGAUUUCCAUGGGUAAAAGUUAGCACAGCCAUAUGGAAACAGUUUUAUCUUGCAAGGAAAAACACAAUUACAAAACUCUUAACAUAAACAUGUUGAAAUUGUACCAAUACAGUUGUCCAAAUAUCUAAGAUUUUAACCAAGAGAUAAAGCACAGAUUAGGGGCGGAAGCAUCCUAUGUAUCUUUGGCUGAUCUUGCAGAUAUAUACACCUCCCCAUCGUAAGCCAAGAAAGGCAGUCAUGUUGGUGAUCCAGAUGACUGAAAAGGUCCAGUUAACCCCAGUUUUUAUCUUUGUUGGUCAACAGUACUUUUCUACGCCCCACACCUCUACAGUUCCUCGUAUCUCCAGGAGACUCACCCCAGCAGGCCAUGGCCCAACACUGUGGGUCUAAGUCUUUUGGGGGCACAUUCUAACCCAUUUUUUUUUUUAAGAUGUACUAAAUGGAAAGCUAGCCUAGAAAACACCAAGUAAAUAUAGUCCAAGGAUGUGGGUUGUUUAAACAUUAGAUUUUGCACUCAAUUUUAGCCAUAUCUGGAACGUCGAUAAUCCCAUAGCAAAUUUUCACCGAGGACUUUCAGAAAUUCUUGCCAUUGAAUUUUAAUUUCAAAGCUUUUUGGUUUGUUUGCUUUUUCAAAUUUCAUGUUAUAGAGAAAAUAUGAUUCUGAUUGUUCAGAGUUGUUAAUAAUUGUAGUUGUGUAAAAUUAUUCCAUUUUAUUUUGUGUGUAUUGUGCACAGCUUUAGGGGGGAAGUGCACGAAUUGUGCCGUUCCUUAUAAAUGGUACACAUUAUUGACACAGACAAAUAAAGUUUCUAAUUGUUUCUGAUUUAAUCACUAGUGAUACAGCAUAAUCUGUAUGGAAUGUUUCCUCUCAUUGUCAUUGACUUCAUUUUUGUUUUCAUGUUUUGAAGAAAUAAAGACCAAAAAGGUAUGAUUGUGCAGUUGGUAUCCUCAUCCAAAAGAAAGAAAACAGAUACCCAGUAUUCAGACUCUUGCAAAUGUCAACCCUUUGGUCAUACAAGUUUUCCUUUUUAAUGUCCCAAGAGAGCAGAGUGUGAGAAUAUGUGUCUAUCUGAUGGUACGAAGAUAAAUGUUGGAUGUUUCUCCAUUUCA